GAUGUUAAAAUCAAGGCCACAAAAUGUAAACUGUCAAUAUCAGUUGAUUUGGACAAAUUUUGACGAAAAUGAUUGUUUAGAUAAAAAAUUACUAUUAAAUCACAAGCUUCAGAUAUGUGUCUAAUCAGAUUUUAUUACAAUUUGAAUUGGUAUCAAAAAUAUUUACGUUAAAUAAAAAAGGUAAUUAAUAAUAGUUGUAUAUUAUCAUAGAUAUCGAUUGUCGAGUUUGAAGCAUCAAAUUUUCAAAGUAAAUCGAAGAAAAUUAUAAAAUGGGUGCAAACAGCAGCAAGAAAUUAGCGGCGAAAUGUCCGUUUUUAUCCAAAGACGAACAACUUAUUGUUAGUAAUUCUUUUAAACUCGCUAGUAAAAAUUCCGAAAAGAUCAAAGAAGAAGAACUAACUAAAAUAUGGGGAAGUCAGGUAGAUCCAAGAUUAUUACAAUAUUUGAAUAAUUAUUUAUUCGGUAUAGGUGAACAUCGACAAACUACAGUUGAAUUAGAAAAAUUCGCCGAGUUAUUUGUAUUCUGUACAAGAGGUACAGUCGAUGAAAAAGUGAAAGUGUUGUUAACUUCACUAGGCACUAGUGAAACCGAAAAUAGUGACAUACCAUAUAUGUUAGUCAAAGAGUAUGUCGAAAGCAUAGUGGCGUCUUAUAUGAAAAUCCAAAAAUUAAGUAAUAAUAAACAGUACAAAACGUGGUUUUCUAAAGGUUGUUUCACCUUACCACAAAAUAUUCAACGUUUAGCAGAAAGUUUGACUCACGAAUUAACCACCGGUGAAAUUCUCAAUAGAAGAUCUCUAGAGAUAUGGUUACAAGGGGCUACAUUAUUGGGUCAACUGUUAUUAUAUGUGUCCAUGUAUUUAUUCAGUAUCACCCAUAAGGAAAAAGGAGGAGUCGCCAGCGAAAAACCAGGAUCAUCCUUGCCGACCGAAGAACAUGAUGGCGCCGUAGAAAAGGAAAAAGAUCGAAGUUUGGUGCCGUUCUGUCGCGGUUUGGAUCUAAUGCCUUCUUAUCCAAGUAUAUUGGAUCUCAACCAAAUAAUUUUCAUAAACGCGCAUUUACCUCAACAAUAUCAACUCGAAUGGCGGUUCCUUUUCAGUUCUCAAAUACACGGAGAAUCGUUUUCGACACUAAUAGGUAGAAUAGUGAAUCAGGGACCAUCCAUACUCGUAGUUGAAGAUUCAAACGGUUACACGUUCGGUGGAUUUGCCCCGGCGAAUUGGGAAUUGAACGCGAAAUUCUUCGGCGACGAUAGCAGUUUUCUAUUCGCUUUAGCGCCUCGGAUGAGGGUAUUCUCAUCUACGGGGUACAACCAAAAUUUCCAAUAUCUAAAUUUGCAUCAACAAACGUUGCCAAAUGGGAUGGCGAUGGGAGGUCAGCAUGGUUAUUGGGGUCUUUGGUUUGACAGCGAAUACGGUAAAGGUCAGAGCAGUCCGUCGUGUACGACUUACAGGGAUUACCAGCAGCUUUCCCAUACUAAAGAAUUCACUUUUAGACAUAUGGAGGUGUGGGGUAUCGGUCAACCGCCGCUUACGCCUCAAGAAAAAGGGGAACGGGUCGGCGGCGGUAUGAGUAUACUCGACGGGAAUGCGGAGAGUAAGGCUAUGCUCAAAAUGGCGGGUAAACAAAUGCACAGUGAAGGAUUGAAGGAACCGCCGCCGGAAUAAGUGGGGAAAAUUAAGCCUUUUUGAGAUAAAAAGAUUGAUUUAAUUGAAUUAAAUUCUAUUUUUAUUUAUUUAUUUAUUUCAGUAAAUAAUCGGUUUAAAAAUGGAAAUGAAUAGUGAAAAAAUAUCGUUCUAUUUGAUUAAAUGAAAAAAAAUAUAUUUAUUGUCUUUUUUUACCAAAAAAUGCUGCGAUUUAUUGAAUUGUUUGGGUUCAAAAUGUGUGAAAAAAAUUUUCUUUUUUUUUUAUUUCAAUAUUUUUGAGCUAAUUUUUUAACAAAAUCGUUAUUUUUCUAAACAAUUAGUUUUUUCCCAAAAUCGUAUCAAAUUUUUCGAAAAUGCAGUUUUUAGACAAAAAAUUAUUCAAAUGUGAAGAAACAGUUUUUUUAUUUUCUUUUGAGAAAUUUAAGUUUCAAUAUUUGGAAAACAUGGAAUCUGGAUUUUUUACAACAGAAUUAUUUGUUAAAAAUUUAAGACAAUAAAACUGUAAAUUAAUUAAAAAACUAUAUGAAUAAAAUUAAUUUUAGGUUUAUUUUUAUUAAAUCAUUUAGUUAAAAGUGUAUUUGAUUUUUUUCGAAAAACGCUGAAUUUUUUACUUUUUUACGUCAAAAAAUAUUUAAAACAAAAAAAUUUUGCAAAAAUUGUUUUUUUUUUAAAUUUUUUCUCACAAAAACUAUUUUUUUCCAUUUUCAACUGUUUGGUUGAAAGUGUAUUUUAUUUUUUUCGAAAUACGCUAAAUUGUUUAAGAGAAUCUGGAAUAUGGACAAAAAUUUUUUUCAUAAAAACUUUCAUUUUUCAAUCAUUUAAGUAGUCAAAAUUUCAAAAAACGUCAAAUUUUUGAAUAAAACUGAUAUUUAAAAUAAAAA